UAGAAGUGUGUGUUCGUGAUGUAUUGUUCUAAAGAAAAACAUUCCUGGUCGUAUCUGUUAAUCUUGAAAAACAAAUAUUACUUUUUAAAACGGUGAUAUAGCUCAUAUUUUAAUUACACGUUUCUUUGUUUUAGAGUUUGGCAUACGGUGUUCUGGUAAAGGUAUGGUCUAGUUAUCCAACCAUAACAAGGCGCUCUUUACAAAUAAUAAGAAUAAAGCAGCUUUCUCAAAAAAGUUUUAACUAAUGUAUUUGUGUAGAACAUUGAAUAGCCGUUCUUUACAUUCGUUUUUCAAUCCUACGAUUAUUUGACUCGAUGUGUUUGAUCGAUAAAGUGAUAGAGAGUCGAUAUUUUGGACUGUUUUAAUGCAGUCAUAACAUGCAUUGGACCUGACUUUAAAGUGGGUGUGGAGACUGAUAAUUCUGUUGUCAGUAGAAAUGGAGUUUCCAGGACACAGUCAGCAGCUCUUAACCACCCUGCACUCCCAGCGUCUGCAAGGUUUCCUUUGUGACUCCACUGUGCAGGUCGGCUCAACUCGCUUCGUAGCUCAUCGGGCUGUGUUGGCAUCUUUUUCCCCUUUCUUCCACAUGUUCUACUCGGAUCAGUCGAUAGGUAAUACCAGCACAGUCAACGGAGGACCACAGAGAGACACAGUCUCUAUAAAUGGCGAUAUAGUGACACCUCAAGCCUUUGGGUUGCUUCUCGAUUUUAUGUACGAGGGAGUGCUGAGACUAGAAGCCCACCCCCCUCCAGAGGACGUGCUCGCUGCCGCCAGCUUCUUACAUAUGAAUGAUGUGGUUCGAGUUUGUAAGAAAAGACUGCAGGGUCGUGGACUGGCGGAAGCAGACAGCACAAGGGUUGAAGUUGGAUCAAAUGAGUUGGCUAAGACCGGAGGAGGGCUUGAUGGUUCAGAUGAUGUGCCUGCUGCUGAAACAGGAAGGAGGUUAGGAAGAGAUGGAGCGCUAACCGUUGGAAAUCCUCCGUUUUCAUCCUCUGUAACACACUGUCCUCAGUACAGCCAACAGAUGUCAUUUUAUGCUGAUACCAAGACGGAGACACAAGCAGGGGUGGCCAGUCUUCUCACACAUAGUGGUGUGGAAAGUUCAGAGAUGGCUGACAGUACCCAGCUAGGAAUGGACUCCCAGCCACCCAUAAGCAAUUCUUGUUCAAGUUUGCCUGCAUAUAGUUCUUCAUCUAGGACUGACACAACAAGAAUACACGCAAGAUCAGCUAGCCUUGAGUCUGCACUUUCAAGUCUGUGCAGUUCGACAGAAAUUAUUCAGACGAGUACAGAGACUCAACCUGUUGUAAUCGCUGCAACGACGCUGAGCAUUGUAGACAACACCACCACAGCCCAAGAUCACGCUUUGUCUAACAUGUUCAGUCAGGAAAAAUCGAAUCGAGCUCAGAAUAAAGGACCGUGUACUGGAAAUCCAGGGCCAUCACAACACAUUCAGAGCCGAACUGAAAGAAAGCAGGGGGACACUAAUAAAAGUAGUGAUAAAGGUAAAAAGCUUCUUUCCCAGACUUCAAAAGAUCCAUUAGCAGUUGAUAGACUUGAAACAGGCAAGAAAAAUGAGGAUAAUGUGAAGGUGAAAGUGGAGGCCAUUGUGAUUUCUGAUGAAGAAUCUGAUGAAACGGACGAUACUAUGGUCACUGAUAACAGUCAGAACAGAAAUACAGGUUCAGAUCACGGGGAUGAUUAUGAUGACAACAGCCACGAUGUGGAGGAGCUCACAGCCAUGCAACUCAUGCCUGCGCACACUUUAAUUCACCUUCCCCAUCAAGAACCCCUCUCUUUACCUCCUUCACCACAAGGUCCUAAUUCCUCUGCAACAGAUAAUUCCGGCUUCCCAUCAUCCCUUUUUCCAGCCAAUUCACAGUCUGAGCAGCAUGUCAUGUUUCUUGAGGAAUUUCAGGACUCUCUAGGGAACUACGUAGAGGAUGUACCUACUUGUAACACGUGUGGAAAGACGUUUUCCUGUGCGUACACCCUGCGAAGACAUGCCAUUGUACAUACUAGAGAGCGCCCUUAUGAGUGCAGCUACUGUUAUCGUAGUUACACACAGUCUGGAGAUUUGUACAGACACAUCAGAAAGGCACAUGAUCAGGGCCUGCCAGUAAAACGCACCAGAGUUGAGUCUGAUCCUCCUCUGUCGCCGCCCCCUCCUCAUGCUCCCCAGACAUAGACCCAUGGUGCUUUUAAUAACCAAUGGAUAUUUUUAGCAUUAGUGUUCUGAUUACGCAUAGUUGGGACUUAUUAAAUGUGGACAAUCACAUUUUAUUUUCUAAUUUAUAAGUGUCCUUUUUUAUAUCUUUUGUUUUCUUUGAUCUGAAUGUUUCCCUAAGAAUGGAAAUAUAAGUGUGUAAGUAAAUAUGACAUUUUUAAGAGUGGUUCCAGCACACAAACUUGCAGUGCCUUUAAAAAGUAUUCAUCCCCCUUCAUUUUAUUCACAUUUUGUUAUGCUGCCUUAUCUUAAACUACUUUAAAAACAAUUUACACUCCAUGCACAAUAAUGACAAAACAAAAAACAGAUUUGUGGCAGCUUUGCAAAUUUAUGAAAAGUAAAAAACUAAAAUAAGUACAUUGCAUAAAUAUUCAUAUCCUUAACUCAGAAGAUGGUUAAAGCACCGUUACAGACUCAAAUCUUUUUGGGUAUGAUGUGACAAGCUUUUGCCAAUUUUCUGCCAUUCUUCUCCUCAGAUCCUACCAAACUCUGUCAGGUUGGAUGGAGAUCAUCAGUAGACAGACAUUUUCAGGUUUCUACAGAGGUGUUCAGUUGGGUUCAAGCACUAGCUGGGCCACUCAAGGACAUAGAGAGAGUUGUCCAUAAGCCACUCUUGCAUUGUUUUAGCUGUGUGCUUAGGAUCAUUGUCAUGUUGGAGAAUGAACCUUCUGCCCUGUCCGAGGUUCUGAAUGUUCUGGGCUAGGUUUUUCAUGAUCAUUAUCUCUGUAUUUUGUGACGUUGAGAAAAUGCCCCAGUCCCUGCAGCUGAAAAACACCCCCACAUCAUGAUGCUGUUUCCAACACACUUUACUAUUGAGAUGGUAUUGUCUGGAGAAAACCAGGCACUGCUCAACACCUGUACAUGAUGCACAAAACUGAGAUUCAUCAGACCAGAGAAUCCUGUUUCUGACAGUUUGAAAGAUUCGUUGAAGUACGUAUAUGCAUAUUUCAAGUGUGUAUUCACUGAGGAAAGGCUCAAGUCUGGCCACUCUGCAAUAAAGCCCAGAUUGGUGGAGUGUUGCAGUGAUGUUUGUCGUUCUGUAACUUUCUCCCAUCUCCAUAUAUGAUCAUGGAGCUCAACCAGAGUGAUCAUCAGCUUCUUGGUCACCCCUUUAACCAAGACCCUUCUCCAUCGAUGGCUCAGUUUGGACAGGAGGUCAGCUCAAGUAAGAGAUCUGGUGGUUCCAAACCUCUUUCAUUAAGGACUAAUGGAGGCUACAUGCUUCUGUGAACCUUCAAUACAGCAGAUUUUUUUCAGAAGUCUUCCCCAGAUCUGUGCCUUGAUACAAUCCUGUCUCAGAGCUCUACUGGCAGUUCUUUUGACCUCAUGUCUUGGUUUUUACUUUGAUAUGCAUUUUCAGCUGUUGCACCUUUUAUUGAGAGGUAUGUGCCUCUGCAAAUCAUACUUAUUCAAUUGAAUUUGCCACAGGUUAACUCCACUCUGCACAGCAAACAGCAAAUCUAAAUGCUUCUGAGCUAAAUUUCAAGUGUCCCAGAAAAGAGCAUGAAUACUUAUGCAAUGUACUUAUUUUAGUUUUAACACAUUUGCAAAGCUUUCACAAAUCUGUUUUUGUUUUGUCAUUAUUGUGCAUGGAGUGUAGGUUACUGUAAAGAAAUUAUAAUUUAAAUUAGUUUAAGAUAAGGCAGCAGCAUAACAAAAUGUGAAUAAAAUGAAGGGGAUGAAUACUUUUUCAAGGCACUGUAUAUCAAAUAACUUUUUAUAGUGGUGUUCUGUUGAAUUGUACAGUUUCUUUAUUGUUCUAUUUGUUAUUUGUGUCUCUUAUAAAGUACUGUAGCUGUGAUACCAAUAAAGCAUCAAGGUCCAUGGCA